UCUUGGUGUCUAUAGUUAAUUUUGGUCAUUAGUUUCGUCAAAUCUAAUUGAAAGAGUUUGAUAAAUGUUUUAAGGAGACCAAAUAUAUUAAAUUAUUUUGGAAAACUUUGAGGACCUAAACUGUUAAAUGUAUACUCAAAGGACUAUUGCGAACUUAUACUCAAACAUAAGGGGCCAUUUUUGUUAUUUUUCUCUCUAACCUUUCCAUGGCUUCUCUGUUGAUUGCUUGAGGUUUAGGGAUUUUUGCCUUUUACUGAAACCUUUUUAGUAUCUCUAUGGAUUUGGAAUCGAUUUAUGAAAUUGACCGUGUUGCUGAAUUCAUCUCAGCUAGAGCUUUUCGUCGAGUUGCUCUACAGUUCCCAGAUGAACUAUUGAAAGAUUCAACUAGGAUAGUUGCUGCUCUACAUGAAAAACUCCGUUUGUUCUACCAGUUACGUACUGGAAACAAUGGAGAUGCAAAGGAUGUUAGGCUGUAUGUAAUGGCAGAUACUAUGUAUGGAAAUUGUUGUGUCGAUGAAGUUGGAGCAUCUCAUGCCAAUGCGGACUGUGUUAUCCAUUAUGGUCAUACUUGCUUCAGUCCGACAUCAACUCUUCCGGCAUUUCUUGUCCUUGGGAAAGCUUCACUAAAUGUGUCAAAGUGUGCUCAAAAACUAUGCGAGUAUACUGGAAAAGCUGGCAAACGUAUUUUGGUUCUUUAUGGACUUGAAUAUGCACAUGCAAUCACAGAAAUCAAAGCAUCAAUCAGUACACAAUCAUGCUUCAAACUGGAAGUUUGUUUCGCGGAUAUUAUGUCUCCAGUUAUAACUCCUCCAGAAACUUUAAGCUCGACAAAUGGGCAACCAGAACUAAGUGACCAUCAAUGCGCAAAUGGUUGUUCUACUGAGAAGAACAAUGCACCAUAUUGUAUUGGAGGUUUGACGUGGUCAUUACCUGUGGGACACAGGAUGGAGGACUAUUUGCUUUUCUAUGUUGGUUCAGAUGACUCAGCCUUUGCAAAUAUAUUAAUGACAUACAAUGCUUGUGAAAUAGUCAGAUAUGAUGCUACUAAAGAUCUUUUGGUGGAUGACUUUUCUCAGCAGAAAAGGAUUCUUAAGCGUAGGUACUUCCUUAUUGAGAAAGCAAAGGAUGCUAGCAUCAUAGGGAUCUUGGUAGGAACACUUGGAGUAGCUGGUUACCUCCACAUGAUUCAUCAGAUGAAGGACUUGAUUACACGAGCUGGGAAGAAAGCCUAUACAUUUGUUAUGGGGAGACCUAAUCCUGCAAAACUUGCCAACUUUCCUGAGUGCGAUGUCUUCAUAUAUGUUUCGUGUGCACAAACUGCUCUAUUGGAUAGUAAAGAGUUCUUAGCUCCAGUUAUUACUCCUUUUGAGGCAAUGAUUGCUUUCGGCAGAGAUAGCGAAUGGACUGGAGCUUAUGUGACUGAAUUUCGGGAUUUGAUUACUUCUUCCCCUAUGGAAGUGAAAAAACAGUCAGAAGCACGGUUUUCAUUCAUUCAGGGUGGAUAUGUGGAAGAUUUUGAGCAGCAAGAGGUUGAAGAUGUUGAAGAUGGAGUUUCUGCUUUAGUAAACAUCACAGAGAAGGCUUUGCGUGUUCGCGACAAGGACUCGCAAACUCUAAUGCGCGGAACAGCUAAAUCUGGCGCAGAGUACUUCGCGACUAGGUCAUAUCACGGCCUCGACAUUCAUCCUGAAAAUAAUUUCCCCGAGCCGUUUUUGAUUGGUAAGAGUGGAAGAGCAUCAGGCUACAAGAAUGAAACUACACAAUGAAGUUUGUUAUGGCAACCACCACUAUACAUUCAAGAUGAAUUUGUGGAGAUGCAGCAGAUCGAAAAGAUUUCUAAGAGUCACAAAUGGCUAUUUUGUUUCUUCAGCCAUUAUGUGUAUAUUUGAUUUUGAUAAAUCUUACUGGACCUAUAAAUUUCUUUUGGUAAUUUUGGGAUAGUAAUACAAGUGUCGUCGCAGUUUGAAUGCUGCACCCUAGAUAGAUAGCGAAGGCUUCCAGAAAUUCCAAAUCAUUGAAGAAGAAUCGAAAAUAGUUGUUUUCCUAUCAAGUACUAUUUGGUUAUAUUUUUUUGUACCUAAAGAGAAUAAAGAAGGAACCUUCCUUUACUGUUUUCAA